AUGAGCAACGGGAUGAGUGACCGGAACUUGACCAGCAACAUGGAGAAGUUUCGGUUGGUGUAUAUGUUCUUGUCGGAGUUGUCGCCCCAGGAUUUAGAGAAAGAGGAUAUCAAUGCUCGGUUGGAGGAGUUGUACAACAUCACACUCUCCCCUAAAGAGCUGUCCAGCAUAGAGAAACGUUACAUGCCCGACCUCCUGGGACCCAAACACGAGUCACUGACGACCGGCGUCAUCAUCACCCUCAUCUACGUCACCAUCCUCAUCACCGGCGUCGUGGGGAACUUCUGCACGUGCCUCGUUAUUAUUAGAAACAAGUACAUGCGCACAGUGACCAACUACUACCUGUUCAACCUGUCAGUGUCUGACCUGCUGCUCCUACUGCUGGGCCUACCCCAGGAGAUCAACCACACCUGGUCCGCCUACCCUUUCCCCCUGGGGGAGACCUUUUGCCGGUUCCGAUACUGGGCAUCGGAGGUGUCCAGCAACGUAUCGAUACUGACCAUCACUGCCUUCACUGUAGAGCGAUACAUCGCCAUUUGUCACCCCAUCAAGUUCCCAACAUAUCCCGGGCUCUCAAGGCCCCUGCGCGUCAUGGCCGCCGUGUGGAUUAUAUCAACCAUCUGCGCCAUCCCCAUCGCCCUGCAGUUUGAGAUCCACUACGUGCGGUGGCAGCGGAAGAUUAUUCCAGAGUCGGCCCGGUGCAGCAUGCUGACGUCAGACGUCGCCAUGACAGUUUUCCAGGUGUCAACGUUUCUCUUCUUCAUCAUCCCGAUGACCCUGAUCGCCUUGCUCUACUUCUUCAUCGCCCUGGCCAUCCGGCGCUCCACCCUGAGUCGCGCCGGCUCCGACUCGUCCAAUGACGGCUCCCGCAGCCACUCGACCUGCGAGAUCCGGCAAAACACCAGCGGGCAGCAGCACGCCAGGAUACGCCAGUCGGUGUUGAAGAUGUUGGUGGCUGUGGUUGUGGCGUUCUUCCUGUGCUGGGCGCCCUACCACACGGAGCGGCUGCUGGUGGUGUACGCGCCGGAGUGGACGGAGACGUCACGCAGCAUCCACCACGCCCUCUUCUACGUCAGCGGCGUCAUGUACUACCUAAGUGCUACAAUUAACCCCGUGCUCUACAGCAUUAUGUCCCUCAAGUUCCGGCAAGCGUUCCGGGCGACCCUCCUCUGCUGCUGGUGGUCACGGUCCGGCCCAAAGCGCCGGGCCAACCGGAACUCCUACACCUUCAAGUUCCAGCACCGAGCCCACCUCAACACCCACUGCUCCUUCAUGGAGAGCAGCAGCAGCACCAACAACAACAGCACCAACAACAACAAGCAGGCCAACAGCAACCACUCCACCCCCAUCCUGUGCUGCGCCGUGGGUACCGGGGCGGUGACGACCCAGCUGGAGGGUUGCCCCCUGGUGGAGAUGUUUGCCUGUGAGGGGGUCAGGGGUCACAGUUACGAGAGUAACGGCAUCAUUCAGCCCAACGGCACCGAGCGGAUGUUGUGAGAUGGCGUGUUUGAAAUAACAUUGAG